UUCAGGUGCCCUUGUAUAAAAGUGAACACCACUAUUUUACCAGAAAUUACGGUAACGUCAGGUAGGUGCGUUGCGUCGGAAUGUACCAUUUCGCUAACACACCGGGAAGGAUUUUGUUGUGACAGCGGAGUCACAACCCGGUGGGGGGAAACGGUCAUAACAUAGGUUUUUUCAUCUUGGAUCAACAAUGGCCUUCAGCAAAGGAUAUCGCAUUUACCACAAGCUGGACCCACCCCCCUACAGUGUCAUAGUGGAAACUAGGACCAGGGAAGAAUGCCUCAUGUUUGAAUCGGGGGCUGUUGCUGUUCUGUCGGCAGCAGAGAAAGAGGCCAUAAAAAACACGUACAGCAAGAUUGUUGAUGCCUAUGGAAUCCUGGGUGUCCUCCGCCUAAACCUGGGUGACUCCAUGCUCCACAGUCUGGUGGUUGUGACAGGAUGCAGCUCUGUGGGAAAGGUGCAGGAUUCUGAGGUUUUCAGGGUCACACAGACAGACUUUAUAUCACUGAAGAAUGAUCCAGGAGAUGAGGACCGGAUCGCUGAGGUGCGAAAGGUCCUAAACUCGGGACACUUUUACUUUGCCUGGUCUGCAACCGGAGUCAGCAUGGACUUGAGUCUCAAUGCACGUCGCAGGAUUCUUGAAGACACUACAGAUAACCGCUUCUUUUGGAACCAAUCUCUGCACCUGCACCUGAAACAUUAUGGAGUAAACUGUGAUGACUGGCUGUUGAGGCUGAUGUGUGGUGGCGUGGAGAUCAGGACGAUCUACGCAGGUCACAAACAGGCCAAGGCCUGCAUCUUCUCUCGCCUCAGCUCAGAGCGAGCGGGCACACGAUUCAAUGUCCGAGGAACGAAUGAUGAUGGACAAGUGGCAAACUUUGUGGAGACUGAGCAGGUUAUUUUCCUGGAUGACAGAGUCUCAUCCUUCAUACAGAUCCGUGGGUCCAUUCCUCUUUUCUGGGAACAGCCAGGAAUCCAGGUUGGCUCUCAUCGUGUCAAACUCUCAAGGGGAUUUGAGGCAAACGCGCCAGCAUUCGAAAGACACUUCACUGCACUGCGGAGGUUGUAUGGUAAACAGGUGAUCAUCAACCUGCUUGGGAGUAAGGAAGGAGAACACAUGCUCAGCAAAGCAUUUCAGAGUCAUCUGAAGGCAUCAGAGCACGCAACAGCAGUGAAAAUGGUGAACUUUGACUACCACCAAAAUGUGAAGGGAGGCAAGGCAGACAAACUUAACAGCAUCCUCAAACCCCAGCUCAAUAAAUUCACAGAUGAGUGUGGGUUCUUCUACUACUCGGGAGAGACGGGCAUCGCAAGGACUCAGGGUGGGACCAUCAGGACCAACUGCCUGGACUGUCUGGACAGAACCAACAGUGUACAGGCCUUUUUUGCCCUUGAGAUGCUGCCAAAACAACUAGAGCAAAUGAGUCUGACAGAGAAACCCCAGCUGGUAGCAAGGUUCCAAGAGGUUUUUAGGACCAUGUGGUCUGCCAACGGAGACUCCGUCAGUAAGAUCUACGCAGGCACUGGUGCCCUGGAUGGCAAGGCCAAGGCGGGGAAGCUAAAAGACGGAGCUCGAUCAGUGACGAGGACGAUCCAGAACAACUUCUUUGACAGUUCUAAGCAGGAGGCUAUCGACAUCCUGAGGCUGGGCUCCACACUCAACAGUGAUUUGGCGGACAAAGCUCGGGCCUUGCUCACUACUUCAAGUCUUUAUGUCACUGAGCCCGUCUUACAAUCAGCCUCCCCAAGAGUAUUGCUGGGAAUGUGUCAGAACUACCAUAAAUACACGAGGCCCAAGCAGAUCCGGGUGUGUGUUGGCACCUGGAAUGUCAACGGGGGUAAACAGUUUCGCAGCAUUGCUUUCCGCAACCAGACACUCAACGACUGGCUGUUGGAUGCUCCAAAGAAGGCAGGACAUCCUGAGUUCCAGGACACCAAAGCCAACCCUAUAGAUAUCUUUGCCAUCGGUUUUGAGGAAAUGGUUGAAUUGAAUGCUGGCAACAUCGUCAGUGCCAGCACCACUAACCAGAAACUGUGGGCAGCUGAGCUCCAAAAAAACAUCUCCCGGGACCACAAGUAUGUACUGCUUGCUUCAGAGCAGCUGGUGGGAGUUUGUCUGUUUGUUUUCAUCCGCCCACAGCAUGCACCUUUCAUCAGGGAUGUAGCUGUAGAUACUGUAAAAACCGGAAUGGGUGGGGCCACAGGCAAUAAAGGUGGUGUGGCCAUCCGCCUGCUGUUCCACACCACCAGCAUCUGCUUCGUCUGCUCCCACUUCGCUGCUGGCCAAUCACAAGUCAAGGAGAGGAAUGAUGACUACAGUGAGAUCACACGCAGACUCAGCUUCCCCAUGGGUCGUCUGCUAUACUCACACGAUUAUGUGUUCUGGUGUGGAGACUUUAACUAUCGUAUCAGCCUGCCCAAUGAGGAAGUAAAAGAACUCAUCAAGCAGCAGAGCUGGGAUGCCUUGACAGCUGGGGACCAACUGUUGGACCAGAAGAAUGCUGGUUUGGUCUUCCGAGGUUUCAUUGAGGGAAAGUUAGAUUUUGCUCCCACCUACAAGUAUGACCUCUUCUCAGAAGAUUAUGACACCAGUGAGAAAUGCCGCACACCAGCCUGGACUGACCGCAUACUCUGGAAGAGAAGGAAGUGGAACUUCGACAAAACAGCUGAGGAGAUGAAUGUAGUAGGUGCAGCUUCUACAUCUGUGGAGAGUGAGGAUGAUCCAGACUACCCUUGGAGCCCCGGCACUUUGAAGUACUAUGGCAGGGCUGAGCUUAAGACCUCAGACCACAGGCCUGUGGUGGCAAUAAUGGAUGUGGACAUUCUGGAGGUCGACCCAGAAGCUCGGCAUCAGGUCUACAAAGACGUCAUCGCCCUGCAGGGGCCUCCUGAUGGCACCAUCUUGGUGUCACUCUGCACCUCUGGCCCUGAUGACUACUUUGAUGAUGCACUCAUAGAUGAACUGCUGGACAAAUUUGCUAAUUUUGGAGAGGUCAUCCUCAUCAGGUUUGUUGAGGAGAAAAUGUGGGUAACCUUCCUAGAAGGUUACUCUGCUCUUGCUGCUCUGUCUCUCAGUGCUUCUACUGUCCUUGGCAAGGUGAUUGAUAUCCGCCUGAAGAGUCCAGGCUGGAUCAAGAGUCUUGAGGAGGAGAUGAGUGUGGAGAGGAUCUGUGGAAGCAUCCCCACCUCAGCCAGCUCCACUCUGCUUGCUGAGGACACAGACAUGGGUGACGACGAUUAUGAUAUGGAAGGUGAUGUGGACGACGAGGUGGAGGAGAUCCUUCCCCAGCACCUACAGCCUGGAGCAGGUACUGGCCCUGGAUCCUCUCCUCUGCCCUCCCCCCGCAGUAGCCCCUGUCCCUCCCCCACCCACGGAGAACCUUCAGCCCCCAGCAGGCCUAGUCGUGGAUCACAUCCUUCCCGACCAUCACAAGGGCCUCCUGUUGAUUUCCAGCCUGGUGCCCCUACAUCGCAAAGUGUGGAACCCAAACGCCCGCCUCCCCCUCGUCCCAAUGCCCCCCCAGCCAGACCAGCACCCCCUCAACGUCCACCACCACCAUCAGGAGGCAUGAGCCCUCUGCCUGUUAGAAAGGACUCUGCAGACUGUGGCGAAUGUCCCAGCCCACUGCUUGGUAGGAGAGGCAGUGAAGGACCAAAAAGCCCUGCUCUUCCCCGGUCAGAUGCUGCCGCAGGUCGAGGCCAGGCAGCAGCGGGAGCUCCUGGACCUGGAGGUGCUCCUAGACCGAAUGUCCCUCCUCGAGCCGGGGUGAUCAGUAUGCCCCCACAGUCUCGCCCACUGCCUCCUUCUCACCCUGGAGCACCCAGACCUAUCCCAGAAGUGCAUCCCGGGGCCCCGCGUCCCAUCCCAGACACCCAUCCUGGAGCCCCACGACCCAGUGCCCCGACUAAACCCACUGACCUGCCUCUAGGACCACCUCCUAUGGGGCCCCCUGCAGUGAGACCCCAGGCUCCAUCAUCGAUGCAGCCGCCCAUGCAGCCCCAACAUGCUGCUCCCUCAGUUCAGUCCCAACUCCCACCACCAAUGCAGCCCACGCUUCCAGCUCCUCUCCUGCCACAGCAAGCCCCUGCUCCUAAAGCAGGGCCUCCUCCUGGUGCUGCUGCUGCAGCUGCCCCCCCUGCUGGGCCUCAACAGGGUUUAGCCUCUCCUAAACCCCCGCCACGUUCCCGCUCCUCUCACGCUCUGCCGCCCGAUGCUGCCAAGUCUGAGACAGUUCCAGCUGCACAGACAAAUGGACUGAAUGGAAUCCAAAGAGAAGCACAAUGGCAGCCUGACCCCUUCAACACACUUGCACCUGAUAUCCUCUCCUCUUCCUCCACCUGGCACACCACCCAGUCCCUGACCAGAGGCUCCUCUCUGCGUGCCCCCCCCUCCGUUCCUCCAUCUAUGUUUUCCUCCAGCACUCUCCCUCCAUCCUUCUCCCUCCAGUCCUCCGUUCUGUCAGACCUGCAAGCACUUGGUUCAUCCUCCUCUUCCUCACUCUCCACCCCGUCACCGUUCGCCUCCUCCCUGCUCCCGCCUCCUCCAGUCCCGUCUCGUAGUCGCUCGCAGGAGACACUGCGUGCCUCCCCUGGCCUGUUCCCAACCGACCCGCUCCCUGCCCGACCCAGCAGCACCAACCCCUUCACCGGCCCACUCGCGCAGCAGCAUCAGCAGCGCCGCUCGCUCACCCCGGACUUGAGCACCCAGCGUCCCGGCCCGACGGCAAACCUUCAGAGGACAAUGUCUGCUCUUACUCAGCCACUCAUCCCCACCCCUGCUCCAACAGCGGUCCCUGCAGCUGCACCCGCCACCCAGCUCCAAAGGACCACGUCCCUGUUUGGACCAUCAUCUACUCUCAAUCCUACACUUGCUCCUCUGCUCCCCUUCGCCUCUGACCCGUCCCCUGCUCCUGCCUUGCCUUUGGCUCCUCCCUCCUCCAUUCCACCUACCCUUGUACCUCGCAGUCAGCCACCUCCCCCAGGAGGGAGACCAACCCAGCAGUGGGUCACUUUUGAUGAUGAUUUGGAUUUUCCACCUACGUCCAAAACACCACAGAACCCCAACAGUUCCCUAAUGCCCCAAACUCAGACUCAGCCUUCCCGCUCUGUGUUUGACUCAGAGCCCAACUGGUUAUCCACAACCCCUUCAGUAUUCCCCACCCUCCCUCCUCCCAUUCCAACCAGAACUGCAACCGGUAACCCCAAACUACCAGAGGGACCCAGUGACAGCUGCUUCUUCCCCAGGGAGUCAACAGAAAGAUAGGACCACCAUUAAUAUGUAAAGGGCAUAUCCAGAUAUGUAUAGAUCUAUGACAAAUGUGUAUAUGUGUUUGUGUAUGUACAAAAGAGACAGUAUUUAAGAAGUAUAGACCAAUCCCCUUCUGAAUCACAGGAAAGGAUUUAUAUCUGGAGCAGUAACAUGAGAAGUGUAUGAGCCUAAGUGUGUGUUCUAACUUUACCACAGAGAUAUUUGCUUGUUUCCUGAUAUUAACAUUUAUUUUAAUAUAAAUUGUUCUGAUGUUUAUUUUUAUUUAUGGCGGCAAACGUGCCUGUGUCUACAGUAUAUACAGUUAUACAAAGUAUAUCUAUACCUACGAAUCAUGUGUGUGUAAGCACCUGUGCAAUUUCAAGACACGUCUGUGUGGCCGUGCAGCACACUGCAUGCGCCUGCGAGGUUUCACCUUCAUCGGUGUUACCUUUGCAUUUGCUAACACACUGUGGUUCAUAUCCCUCAUUUUGACUGAUCUGUACAUUAGAGCGGGAUCCUCUGAGUAGUUGGUAAUCUUCUAUUUUCUCGGGUUCGUCACGUGGUAGAAGGCUAUGCACUGCAGGUUUUACAUUUGCCCCCCAAAUUUGCUGCUGUAAACAGCAAUUAGAGAGUGCUUUGACUUGCAAAGAGUUUAUUGUAAGUUUUUUUUUCUUGUUAGUUUUAGUUUGAGGGGUGCAAAGUCAAAAGUCAUAUUGUGUGCUUGUUUUUACCAUGAAUGUACUUUAUUUUGCACUGGGUUUUGUCAUUGCCUCCUUGCUGACAACACAGUGUGAACAACAGCAGCAUGAGUCAGUGUCAUAGUCAGUCAAACCGUUCACUGCCGCAGGACUGACACUCUGUAAUAUCAUCUCAUCCACUGAAUAGUAAGACAUUUUGUUCUCUAUCCACUCUGUCGUCAUUCUCUCGUCUAUGGGCCGUUAAUGCUUAGCUGAAUAUAUUUUGUAGCUCUAUAUCAAAACCUAUACAUAGUGAUUAUGUAUAAAUGUAUGUUUUCAAUAUUGAAAACUUCUGGCUUUAUGUGUGUGUUUGUGAUAACCGUAACAGUGGUUUGCACAAUGUAACUGAUAUGCACUGAAAAUGCUGUGUGUGCUCUCUUGGUUAUAUUCUUGUUGAUGGCAGAGUGACAAAAACGAGAGCCUGCGGACUGAACAGAUGAGAAGGCGUUUUGACCUUUCCACCUCCGUAGUGUUUUGAUCCUUCUUGAUUUAUCCAAAGCUUCAAACCAUACUAUUGUAAAUUCAUGAGAAUGUGUGUGUGUGUGUAUAUAUGCUUCUGUUACUCUUAAGUACGAAGAUGUGGUUUGAGUCUCUUAUGCAUGGCAUCAAACAUAUGCCAUGCAUAAUAAUAAGAGGGCACAUUUUUUUUCUUACUUCCACUUUUGUUUAUUGCAAAAGUCAUGCUUUUAAUUCCUAAGAACAUUUACUCUAAAUAAUCUGUUGUCGAUACUGUGGUGAGAAGUAAUGUGUCGUAUUUGAGGUGCGUGUCGCCCGUUGUUGUGUUUGACAGUGUUUGUGUUUGGAUGUGAGUGUGUGUGCAGAGUUAACAGUGGGAUAGCAGAGCUUUUCCCCUUGGAGUACAUACAGUGUGUUUGCUCUCAGGUUCUGAACUAACAGCCACUGUAUUCGCUCACUCGUGGCGGUUACUGUAUUUCUGCACUUCAACCAUGGCCACUGUAUGCGAAAAUGUAAACUAUACAACACAAAGGACCCCCCACACACACACACACACACACACACACACACACACACACACACACACACACACACACACACACACACACACACACACUAUAAGCUCGGACCCAAAUACAUCACCAGAUGACAUUUCCAGUUGGUGGUUUGUUGUGUCCUUCUCACACAUUCCAGACAGUAGUGUGAUUUGAGUAUUGGGUGUCAAACUCCUCUGUGUUUGCAGAUCCUCCAGUCGAGAGUAAUUGUUACUGAGCAUGGCUGAUUUCUGAACCAUUCUUAAGGUGUGUGCGUGUGUGUCAGGUCAGGUGAUGUGUCAGUAUUUCUUUCUUCCUGUACUACCUACUUCACUCUUUCACCGCUGUUGAGUUUCACAGGUCAGCAUCAGUGUCGACAGUGAUGACGAGCAAUAGUCUUGCAAAAGGAUCAGUGAGAGUACAAUCCUCCCUAACAAGGACACAUGCCAGCUGUUGUAGACUAAUCAGAUGUCGUCCCCCCCAACCUUCACAAGUUAUGUAACAGGCUGAAAUGUCUUAAAAAGCAUCUUUGAUGGUUCAUGGAGGAUAAAACAUGUGAACCAAGAAAGUACCAGCUAAAUUACGCUUCCGCGCUCUGUUUAAACAUAUGAAUAUGAGUAGAAACUGUAUCUGCAUUAACAGUAGGUGACUAGCCAGCGCUUUGUGUCUUGUCAUGUUCAAGAUGAGAUUUUAUAGGAAACAAAUUGCUCCUUUUGUGAGGUCGGUGUCCCUUUUUAUGGCUAUAACCCAUAGUAAAUAAGAGUCUGUGUUGUUGAACAUAUUCUGUACGUAUUAAAGAGAAAACAUGAAGCUGCGAUUCAUGUUAAUAUCCAACGUUCCAUAUUUUAAGUGCACAGCUGAUUGUACAUUUAUGUAUGAAGCAGUUUAUGUUGUAUGUAUGCAAAAAUAAAUGUAUGUUGACCUGA